UCUAAGUGUUCCUCGUUGUAAGAGAAGAAGAUGGACAAAGUGAAGUCUGUACUUGUGGUUUGUCUUGUGUUGGGAUUGUUUCUUGGGCAGUCCAGAGCCGAGUUUCAGGAUUGCUACGUGGGCUGCUUUGUCGCGUGUGUCGUCACCGGUGAUAAUGUGGUCAAAUGCAGUCUCAAGUGCUUGAAGGACUGCAUAGGUCUUCCUUCACACGGCCUCACAGAUGCAGAGUACUUCUGCAAGCUUGGGUGUGCCUCCUCCUUGUGUAUCAACCUCAGUUCAAAGGAUGACCCUGGUGAAAAAAGAGUUGCACAUUGCGUGAAUUCUUGCUCGAAGACAUGUGCCAAUCACGCGUAGCUUGCCCUCUGGGAGAUUAUGAUAAAUCUUUGGUUUUCUGAAGUCGAAUAACACAUCAAUGAAUUGAAUGAAAUGUCAGUAGU